GAAAGUUGAAAUCUCGUAUGUCUUCUGCAUAAACACAAGAGCACCCCUUGGUUGUUUCGGCUUGCGCUUCAUUUAUUUUCUCUUUCAAGUCUCUCAUCCUGGCGGAGAUUGGAAAAAAACCCUAAAAUCACAACCAGAUUGUAGGGUCUGGAGAAUAAUAUUUUUGAUCAAUAUUAGAUUUGUGGAGGAGGGUGGAAUUUUAGGUUUAAAUCUAGAUUACUCGCUUAGGUUUUCGAGUGAAUUGCAAAUAUGUCUGUCACGGCAGGAGUUAGCGACACUAUAAUCGCAAUUAGAGAUAAACUUAGAGGGAGAAUAGGGGAAACGAAGGUGAAAAGGUAUUGGCCUGGUAAAGCCCCGGAAUGGGCAGAUGAGGCUGAGGAAGAAGGAGAUAUUAGAACAACUAGAGAUGUUGCUUUUGAGACAGCUUUUCCAACUAGGGAUGAUUCAGAUGUUGUUAGAAGAGAUGACCCUAGGUUACGGCGUUUGGCUGAGAGUAAGAUAGAUAACCGGGACGAAAUUAGAGCUGAUCACAGGCGAAUUCGUCAAGCUGAGAUUGUAUCUACUAUUGAAGAGGAAAACAGAAGACAAGAAGGUUUGGAUUUAGAGGAGGAGGAUGAAGAUGCUCAGGAGGAGAGGAGAAGAAAGAUUAGGGAAAAAUUGCUUCAGCGCGAGCAAGAAGAAGCUGCUCUUCUUCCUGUUGAAGAAGAGGAGGAACCGGAAGAAUCAGAAGAUGAGGAAUCUGAGUAUGAGACUGAUUCAGAAGAGGAGUUAACGGGUAUUGCUAUGAUAAAGCCAGUAUUUGUACCUAAAGCAGAACGAGAUACAAUAGCUGAGCGUGAACGGCUAGAAGCAGAAGAGCAGAAGCUUGAGGAUAUGGUCAGGAGAAGGAAGGAAGAAAGAAGAGUUGAGACAAAGCAGAUUGUUGUUGCGGAAAUUCAAAAGGAUGAACAGAUUCAGAAGAAUUUGGAAGCUGAAGCUAACAUUGAGGAUGUGGAUACUGAUGAUGAGGUCAAUGAAGCAGAGGAGUACGAAGCAUGGAAGGUCAGAGAGAUUGCAAGGAUCAAGAGAGAUAGGGAAGACAGAGAUUCAAUGGUGAAGGAGAAGGAGGAGAUAGAGAGAUUAAGGAACAUGACAGAGGAGGAGCGCAGAGAGUGGGAGAGGAAGAAUCCUAAAACAACUGAUUCUAAGCAAAAUAAGCAGAAAUGGAGGUUCAUGCAGAAGUACUAUCACAAGGGUGCUUUCUUUCAAGAUGAUGCGGAUGAUCCUGCUGGAACAGCUAGGGCUGAUAAGAUCUACACCCGUGAUUUCUCUAAACCUACCGGGGAAGAUAAUAUGGACAAGACCAUAUUGCCUAAGGUCAUGCAGGUCAAGCACUUCGGGCGUAGUGGAAGAACCAAAUGGACUCAUCUUGUCAAUGAGGAUACAACUGCCUGGGACAACCCGUGGGCAAACAACGACACUCUCCGGGCUAAAUACAAUUCCAAGAUGGCCGGUAUGGAUGCACCCAUUGCAAAACCCAGAGGAAGCAAGAAAUUGAAGGAUUGGGAGUUACCCAAGUAAAAGGUUCACCAAUUAGAAGUACCACUACCAGCUACUGAUAAGUGUAAAUGCCGAGGGUUAUAGAUUCUUCAUCGGAUUUCAGCAGGCAGAAAGCAGGAGUAGACAGUCUAUACUUGGUUUCCCAGUUUUCUGCAAGUAUGGACUACAAAAAAAAAUGUUGUUGGUCGUGGUCUGUAGGAACUAAGAAUUUUUGUAUUAAUGUCAAGAUUAUAGUGGAUUCUUACUGCUUCAAGAGCAUACUGGAUUCAUACGACCUUUUUUUUCUUUUUCCUUUUUUCUGUAUGACAUAAUAAUAAAUCUACAGAGUAUCAGGCAAAGUUGCAAA